AUGCGCUCGGCGCUAAUUGGGACGGUGAACGCCGUCAUUAGAGUGGACAUGCUCUCGGUAGCAGCCGCUGUUCUGUGUUUUUGGAUAGGUAAUGGGGUAUUGGUGCGCAGUGCCCCCUGCGAGCCGGUUCAUAUCCCCAUGUGCAGGAAUAUGCCUUGGAACCUGACAAGGAUGCCCAACCACCUGCAUCAUAGCACGCAGGAGAACGCGAUACUGGCGAUAGAGCAAUACGAGGAGCUCGUGGACAUCAACUGUAGCGCGGUGCUGCGCUUCUUCUUAUGUGCCAUGUACGCUCCAAUAUGCGCCCUCGAGUUCCUGCACGACCCGAUCAAGCCUUGCAAGUCGGUGUGUGAAAGAGCCAGGGAUGGAUGCGAGCCGGUCAUGAGGCGCUAUAAUCACAGCUGGCCAGAAAGCUUGGCUUGCGAAGACUUACCUGUUUAUGAUCGAGGAGUCUGCAUAUCACCUGAAGCUAUUGUGACUGAUUUAGCCGAAGAUGUGAAACAGGUCGAUGUUUCGCCGGAUGUUAUGCCAAACCCACCACAAGCCUCGGAUUGCAACAGCUGGAGUUCAGACAGCUGCAGAUGCCGCAAUAUAAAACCAUUACUAACAACAUACAUGGAAAAGAAGUAUGACUAUGUUAUUCACGCAAAAGUGCUCGAUGUCAGUCGGACUGACUGCCAAGAGAUGACAACAUUUGUUGAGGUGAAAGAAAUAUUAAAAUCCCACCACCGGAUCCCGGAAACUCACGUGCAUCUGACGUCCAAUUCCUCAUGCUCGUGCCCGAAGCUUACACCCAAUCAAGAAGUAAUCAUCGCUUGCUACGAGUGGCACUCAAGGCUAAUGCUGCUGGAUGGUUGCCUUGUAGAGGGAUGGAGAGACCAAGUGGUGAAGAGAUACAAGCGCUGGGAGCAGAGACUGCAGGAGCAACAGCAGAGGAACCCCAAACCGAAACUGAAGGGGGCAGAUGGGAGCGGCAGGAAACCCACCAGGGGCAAGAAGAACGCACAAAGAGCCGGUCAACCCAGGAAGCAGUGAACUGCCCCCAAAUCCGUAACCCGUGGUAUUCUCUUGCAUGGCAAGGACUGGAACCAGACUCUCUCCUUUAUGACAAAGUGAUGUUAAAAUAUUGCAGAAAAUAAAUAUAAUGUAGCAACCGUCACUUUCAUGUCAUGCUAUGCAUACAAAGAUACAUAUUAUCCGAGAUGACAAGUCAGCCUAGAAGAUGCGUGUGAUGAAAUAAUGUGACAGUAUUUUAAUGUAUGUUGAAAAUGAAGACCAUACAUUUUCAAUUUUCCAUUUAAUGUUUGAACAUUGCUUAGGGAAAAGUUAGCUCAGUGGGUCAUCAUGCUUAAACAGUCUCCAGCUGUAAUUUCGUACAGUUAUUCCCCCUCCCCAAGUUCAUUUGCAGGUUGUGAAAGCAGGUCUGCAUGGAAUUUAAUGUGACUGUCUUGGGCCUUAUGUCUUACAGUGCUUUCUAUGUUAUCUUCACAGUUCAAAAAAUUUGUCAUGGUCAA